AUGGAGGCCUGUCAUGGGAGGCUCACAAGGGGUAGUCUUGCAGUACAAGAAUCCCGUCUGGGAAAAGUGGAGGCGAAGCAGCAUCUCCGGGAUUCGCUCGCGGCGCUUGCAACAUAUGAUCCACAAAGAAGUCUGCCUGAGAAUGCCACUGUGCUUUUCGAGGUUGGCAAAGGCUUCCACGCGUUUGUCAAAGCUUUAUACAAACAAGCUGGAGUUGCCAAGAACGAGAAUGACAUGAACCUUCUGAUUAAACAACUCCAGAAGUGGACACCUCCAACCUCUCCAGAUGAAAUAGCACACAAGGAGAAGGUGGUUGGGAAGCGGACGGCAGCAGAACGGGGAGGACCUUCGCUGGGCGAGAUCAAGGGGAAGGAAGAGCUCUGUAGAGCAUUUCCGCAGUGGAUCUGGGACUUCGAGAUUCCAGCAAAAGCGAACGAUAUUCGCUGGCAAUCCAGGGGCCUUAAAGGAUCGCUGGAUCUUGAUGUUGAAAAGAUUGGCGAGGAGACUGUCGCCCUCUUGGCUGACGUGACGCUCAGGUUCCUGUACCUUGCCGAGUUGUACAUGUUUUAUGGGGACAGCUCCCAGAACAUCAUGGGCUGCGACGAAAGAAAGUUGUACAUGCAUGUGUGUACACUCCUUACAGCCAUCGCUGCGUUUUCCAGCAAGGAGCGUCUUGUUGGGGACAGCAUUCCUGAAGAUCCACAGCAUCUCGCCGAGCAGAACGUGAUGGAUGCAUUCGAAGCGCUCCUGCUGGAGCCGGAAAUGAUUGUAUCCCACGAGCAGUGGGUGACUGGCAAGCAGACGAAGGGGAGGACCGAAUGUGCGGUUUUGCGCGUUCACACUGCAAAGGGUCCAUCGGCAACGCGGCACGAAGGCAAUGCCGAGGUGAAAAAGAACUUGAAGACAGAGUGGGGGGGGUUCUUCCAGUGCAUCGGGGGAGUGUCUGCGCAGUUAGAGGAGAACUGGCGGCUCGAUGACGAGGCUGAGGCAACAAUAGACGUCCAGAAGAGGCGGAAAAGCGAUGGUGACUCAGGUGCUGCCAGCAGUAGUGCUGGCUUAACCCGGAGCUCCAGCUCCUCUUCUCUCCUGCAAGAGGAUGAGGUUGUCCCCCGGUUUGGAAGAGGGUUUGGCUUCCCAACGGACUGGGAGCGGUGGUUGGGGGUGCUGGUCAUUGCAAACCGGCAGAAAGACGGCACUGUCAGAGCGAAGGUGCGGUGCUCCGGAGAGGCCUACUGGCGGAAGACGGGGCCCGACGGCAUGAUCGGCCUACUACGGUUGAUUGUGGCCCUCAUGCUGCCGGAGAUGUGCGAGCAGCCUUAUGAAGUGUGGGCUGAGCGGGCGCAGGCAAUGGAACAGCACAUGGCAGAAAACUCUCUCAGCGUGCUGCAGCGGUGUGGAUUGCUGUCAACAAAGAGAGCAGAGCUUCUGAAGGCGAACGUGAACGAGAUAACCCGACUACGGUCAGAGAACGAAGCGCUCAAGGAAGAAAUAAUGCGGCUCAAGAGAGGGGGCACAUAG